CACCCUCUACCUUUCCCCCCGACGUGUAAACUAAGAUUGUGUAAUUUUCCAAUAAUAAAUGCUCUGGGAAAAUUAGCGGAUGAUGUUGGAAGCCGAAUUUAAUAACGGACAUCGGGGCAAUGUAACGGUCAGGCACGUACGUACGUACGGUAAUGUCAGCGUUACAAGUAUAAGUGAAGGCUGUAGGGUGCUGUACGUUGUUUUUAGUGUUUGUGUGACAUGCGCACACACCGCCAGCAGCAGCACCGACCUGCUGUCCGACACCGACACAUCGUGAGGAGGGACACCGAGAGACACCGCAGCAGCCUCGGGAAUGUAAAGGAGACAGGCUCGGGGACAGACGGAGAGCGGUCCUGUCUGUCAGAGAAUGCCACAGCAAGUGAACGCAACCUCGGCGUUGGAUCACGAUCGUGACCCGUUGUCGUUCAGAUUUCUACCCCUCGUUGGGUGGUGAUUGUUAUUCUUCAUAUUUUAUUAGAAGAAGUCAUCGCCGAACCAAGAUGCCGCCCCGUUCUCACAGCCUCCAAUCCAGCCGACUGACGCUCUCUGAGACAAGCAUGGGCUCCUUUAAGAGAAGGAAGAGGAAAUCCAUAACGGUGACGGUGAUGCUGCUAAUUGUCUCUGUUCUGAUCCUCGUUUUCGGCCUGGCGGCGACCACCCGGACACAAAACAUCACUGUGGGAGGCUACUACCCUGGAGUCAUUCUCGGCUUUGGCUCUUUUCUGGGAAUCAUCGGUGCUCAUUUGAUAGAGAACAAGAGGCAGAUGUUAGUUGCAUCUAUUGUCUUCAUCAGUUUCGGAGCAGUUGCCGCCUUUUGCUGCGCUAUUGUUGAUGGAGUUUUUGCAGCGAGGCACAUUGACCUCGAGCCUCUGCAUGCCGGGCGCUGUGGGUAUCUGUCCAGUGAUUCUGCGUCUGAGCGUGAGGUGCCGUGCCGGUCGUCGUGUAAGCUGCAUGUGAAGAGCAACACCUGUUACUGCUGUGAACUCUACAACUGUGGGAGAGAACCUCUUAUGGGACUUCAGAAUAAAGAUGUUUUGAAAAAGUUUAGGAAGUCAUCCAUGAUUUGGAAGCCCAGCCGAGCAGAAGUGAUGGGAGGUUACCAUGAAUACACAGAUGUGAAAAGCUGCCAGGACGUUGUGCACCUUUACUACCUGCUGUGGUCUGCGACCUUCCUGAACAUCGUGGCGCUUUUUCUGGGCAUCAUCACUGCGGCUGUGCUGGGAGGCUUCAAGGACAUGAUGCCUGCUCCUGCUUCAGAGACUGCAUCUGAACCGGAGGCCAUCGCUGCUCCCGUCCCUCCUGCUCCUCCUCCUCCCACCACUGCCCUCAACCUGUAUCACAACGCUGCCCCCUGCCUGCCACCUUACACCGCCUACGACCUGCAGGGCCCCUUCCUGUUCCCGGACUCCUCAGGCCUCUCAGAUGACUCCCAGUCUGGAGCCAGCCACCUCUGGCCCACCAUGAUCCCUCCUCGCUACUCCCCGCCUCAUGAACACCCUGACGAGAAACCGCCGCCGUACAGCCCGUAGGCCGGCUCCAAGCGAUGGAAACACCUGAGGACCCGUCAGGUGUCGGGAGACUCUCGCUCAGAUUCUGCUGGCUUUUCUUCACAAACUCUGAAUGAUGCGUUGAAGAAAAGAAAGGCGAGGGAAGGACGACCACAGCGCCGGCUAGCAGGACUAGCGCUAGGACUCGCUCUGGCCGUUUCUGUGCGUCCAUAUCUGAGAGAGAGAGAGAGAGACGCAGCCUGCUCACCGGCAGGUUUGUUUACACAUCUAUCUGCCUUAAUGCAUACGGACUCCAAACACUGCGCCAUUUAAAGACUCUUCUCCUGUACAGAAACUCUCCUCCAGCUCAUACGUUCUUCACGUGUCAUUAAUGGAAACUAAAAAAAAAAAAAGCCUUUCUGCCUCAACUGGAGCAGAAGAAAUUGACUGAAAGAGACUUUAUAGCUGGAAGCUUCGGAGUCCAGAUAGGAGUCAGGUUGAGAACCCAACAAAUCAUUUCUGAAUUAGUUUCUAAACGUCUCUGACUGUAACUAGAAGGAAAUGUUUAAUGAAGGCGUCACAUGCUUGUGUUUGUACAACAGCAUGUUGUAGUUAGCAGCACCGCUAGGCCUAAAGCAGAUCAUGAUAUUUAUUUCUGUUCUCUUCUGUGUGGUGAACAGAGCAACGCUAUUCAGGAAAUAAACUAUUGAAUCUACUACAGUAGCUGCUGAGGAGACACAUUUAACUCUAUUUAUUCUAUUUCUACCAAAAGCUGUGAAGCCGAUGUGAUUAAAUACGUUCAGGAGGAAUAAACUGGUGUUCUGUUUGUAUCA